AUGGUGUGGACGCGAGCAUUGCUGGGCCUCGCCGAGCGAGCGCCGCUGCGCUUUGCUAUGGGCUUCGGUGCCGCCAAGACCACGGCGGCGGAUGCGCUCGUGCAGCGAUACGUGGAAGGUCAGGAGGCGCUGGAUUGGCGACGCCUCACAGUCUUCUUCUCCUUUGGGGUGCUCCAGGUUGGCUUCGUCCAACAUUGGCUGUACGUGAACGCCUUUGGGAGGGCGUUCCCCAACGCCGCCAUUUUCGCCGCUGCGCCGUGGUCCGCCAAGCUACGGGACGCUGCCGGGCUGCGCAACCUGGCGGCACAGGUGGGCAUCGACCAGUUCGUCUACCACCCGUUCUGCUACUUUCCGGUCUUCUACACGUGCAAGGAGAUCAUUCAGAGCGGCGGUGCGCGCACGGUCUCCUUUCGCGACGCGAUGAACACGUAUGCCGCCAACGCGCUCGACGACCUGCAGGCUCUCUGGAGGCUCUUCAUCCCGACGUCGCUGGUGCAGUUCUCCGUCAUGCCGAUGCACUUGCGCGUGCCAUUCUCCGCAAGCGUCGGGUUUGUGUGGUGCGGCUUCCUGAGCGUCACGCGCGGAGCCGAGUUUACGAUGAGCUGCCGCGGAGAGGCGGUUGCUCCGUGA